AUGUCUUGUUGUGCAACCCGUGACCCACGGGUCAUGGCCCAGAUGGGUCAAGGGCGAGGAGGGGUACGGCGGGAGAUACGUCAUGACGCGGCGGCAACUGAGGCCACAGCGGGGGGUGAGGUCCGAUCCCACACGAACACCGUUUCACAGGCAGUCGCACCAGCAGCAGCAACCGGCGCUGCGACGGCGGCGGCGGCGGCGGCGGCGGCGGCGGCGGCGGCGGCGGCGGCAGCCCCUUCCCCGCCGCAGUCGCGCGUUAGCGCCCCAGUCUCACUGACCCAUGGGGCACUGCGGGCCAGUGUGGCAGCGGACGGCGGCGAGGACGUCAAGGUGACAUCCAGGAGACGUACGGCAGCCUGGGCCACUGCCGUGACAGACGCGGCGGAAGCAGAGGCGGCGACGAUGGCGGCGGCAGCCUCCGCUGCUGCAGCUGCUGGGCCUAGCAGCAGCAAACCCAACCGGCAAAGAAACGCCGUGGUUGUGGGCAGCGGCGGCGGGGGAACAUGGGGAGACACGGACAUGAGGGUUGUCGCCGCCGCCGUCGCCGCCGCCGACUGUGGCGGUGGCGGUGGGCGAGCCGUGGAGGACGAGGACGAGGAGGAGGAGGGCGGAGCAGCGGCUGCUGCUGUCGCCGCCGCAGCCGCAGCCGCAGCCGCCUUCAGCGGCAGGCAGGGCGCCUGGGCUGAGCUGCCGCUGACGGCAUUCUCCGAAGUUGUACGACUGGUGGGGGAUUCGGAGCGGCGGAGCAUCCGCCUCGUGUGUCGAGAGUGGCUGUCGGCUUCCGGGGUUUGUACGACUUUCCUGAGACCCCCCCGGGCCGGAUCGCGCCACUUGGACGUCCUGGCCGCCAACUUCCCCCUCACGACCUCCCUGGACUUGUCAGCUGCCCUGCACCACAUCACCCCCAGCCGCAUCCGGCCAGUGGCCACCAUGCGCCACCUCUCAGCCCUCAUCCUGGGCUGUCCCGCAAUUGGAUCCAGUCCAGGCUCCGGAACCGGAUUCUGUGGCAAGCCGGGAUGCCGUACACAGAUCUCCGUCGCCAGCGGUGCCGCCGCCGCCGGCGGCGGCGCUGCCGCUGCCAUAACGGACAGUUGCGUCCGCGAGCUGGCAUCCUUGCUGCCACGAAGCGCUGGAGCUGCCGCCGCCGCCGCCGCCGCCGCCGCAGGCAGCUUUCUGCCGCCGCCGCCGCCGCCGCCGUCCUCGUCCCCCUUCUCCCACCCUUACGCUAGAGGCGGAGCGCUACUCGACGGCCCCUCCCUGGGGCUCAGCAGCUUGCGAGAGCUGAGCUUAGCUCAGUGUGUCCACGUCAGCGAUGCAGGUUUGAUGUCAGUAGCCCAGCUGGCUUCUCUGACCUCCCUGGACUUGACUGGCUGCGUGAGCGUUACGGAUGUGGGCGUUAUGAUGCUGGCGAGGCUGCCCGCGCUGGCACGACUGGAGUUGGCAUGGUGCCUGAAAGUCUCUAAUGCUGGCCUCCGCGCUCUUGCCGUACUGCCCCGUCUCACACAUCUGGGCAUUUCCGGCUGCCCCUUGGUGAGCGAAGCGGGUGUGCUGGGCCUCACAGCCAUUUCCUCGCUUCGCUCGAUCGACUUGUCGUACUUGGGCGUCGCCCGCGCCGCCGUCACCGACGACACGCUCGCCGCCCUGGCGGCGGACCUGGACCUGACGCACGUGGCGCUAGGCGGCGGCGGCAUCGCCGCCGCCGCCGCCGUACGUGUCAGUGACGCCGGCCUGGCGGCGCUGGCGGCGGGGUGUCCCCGCCUGGCGGCGUUGACGCUACUGGGGCUGCAGGACAUCACAGGCGGCGGCGUGGCGGCGCUGGUGGCGGCACUGACGGCGCUGACGGCGCUGGAGUUGCGCGGCUGCGGCCCCGGCGUGACGAGAGACUGCAUGGCGUCGGUGGCGGCGGCGGCGGUGGCGCGGCAGGGCUACCGCAACGGUGCCGACAGCGGCGGUGGCGGAUUGCGGGAGCUGAUCAUGUUGUACAACCCGUCCCUGGAGCUUUCCGACGAGGACGUCGCGCGGCUGUGUGCGCUGCCGGCGCAGGCCAGCGUCACCGCCUGGCCGUCAUCUGUACUGCAGUCUACCGGUGCCGACGGCGACGGCAAUGGUGGCGACGGCGACGGCGACGGCGGCGGCGGCGGCGGCGGCGGAAGACUAACCUGUCUAGGCCUCGGCGGUUUCCUGGGGCUGCAGCCGCCGCCAUCUCCAGGAAUACUAUCUGGGCCGGGGCUGGGGCCCGCCGCCCCCGGCGCCGCGGCGGCGGCGGCGGCGGCGGGCUCCGAAACUCCCGUGGGCCUUGGUCCCGCGACGUUGCGGAGCCUGGGCCGCCUCACGUGGCUCACCUCUCUGUCUUUAGUUGGAUACACGAGUUCAUUUUGGAGCGCUGUUGGGGCCCCUUUGGCUUCCGGAAGCAGCACUCGGACGACGGGGGAUGGCAGCAGCACGUGGUGCCGUACCUUCGACGCCGCCUCAUCCGUACGUUCCAGCUACAGCCGUGGCAGCAACAAUGACUGCACACCUCGGGGUAGUCGUUUCGGCGGCUCAUCGGCUUCGGCGGGCUUGGUGGCGGCGGCGGCGGCGGCGGCGGAGGUGGCGCCGCUGGCGUCGCUCCGUCAGCUGCAGUACCUGGACGUGUCGGGGGCCGUACAAUUGGACGACGGCGCAUUGGCGGCUGUAGCGCAGGCUGCCGUGGGGUUGCGGACGUUGCUACUGCCGCGGUGCACGCGAAUCACAGAUGCCGGGCUGGAGGCGGUGGCGGCGGCGCUUCAGGAGCUACAGCCGCUCGUCCUCAAGAACUGCCCCGCCGUCACCGACAGCGGCGUCGCGGCACUGGCACCGCUGCGGCGGCUGGAGCUCCUUGACCUGUCGUACGCCGGCCCUAGGGUCACUGGCGCCGGCUUCGCCGCCUUUGCCGGCCGCCGCUCCGGAACCCGCCUGGCGUCGCUAACGCUGAGUUGUUGUACGGCACUAGAUGACCGUGGCCUGGGUUUGCUGUGCAGCGCACUGCGUGGUUUGGCGAGGCUGGAUGCGAGCAGUUGUACGGCAUUGUCUGAUGCGGGUGGCACUUGCCUGAGCCGCCUGUCGUUACUGACCGUCCCUCCUGGAACAGCUAGUUCGGAUAGGACCGCACCCAAUACCGCACCCGAUAUCGACACGGCCAUCACCAUCACCAUCAACACCACGGAUACCAACACCAACACCAACACGUCCAGCUCGGCCGGCGCUACGAUCCCACGGCAAAGGCAGGAGUGGGGGUCGGGCCCCGCAGAGGCAGGCGCCGCCGGCGGCGCCGCCUGCAGUGUGACCAGCUAUCCUAGGGCCCCUUCCGGCUGCGGCGGUGGCGGCGGCGGGUCGUCCUCCUCCCCGGCCCCGGUGCUGUAUCUUCACCUGGACUCGUGCAUCAGCGUUACCGACAGCGGCUUGUUUCAGAUCGCCAACCUCACGAGCCUGACCUCCCUGCGGCUGACGCGGUGUGCGGCGGUGUCGGAUGCGGGGGUGGCGGCGCUGGCUGCCCUGACGCGACUGUGCGGCUUGAGCCUGGCGCACUGCCCGGCAGUUACGCAGGCGGGGCUGCUGGCGCUGUCUGGAAUCACCAGCCUGGCGUCCUUGGAGUUUUGA